UUAUGACUAACUGAGCAGCAUCACUCACAAAAGCGGUGCCCACAACAUGACAUACAACAUUUCCCUCCAAAACAUCACGCUCUACGCUACCUCCCAAAUGAACAAGACGAAGUCAAUACCCUCAACAGACUUCAUCCAAAGCUUCAACGCGACAUCAAUCAACCAAUCCCCCCCACCACCAAAAUUUUCUCACAAUGACUCCGCUCAUCCCCCUCUUCAUCAUCCUCCUCCUCCUCCUCUUCUCCCCCAGAAUCCAAUCCUCCUCCUUCCCAUCCCAAGCUCUCCCCACGAGAUCAGGCUAUCUCCCCAUCGACCCAACCUCCAACUCUUCCCUCUUCUUCACUUUCUACGAAGCUCAGACCCCAACCUCCCCUCUCCCUCAAACCCCCCUCCUCCUCUGGCUCCAAGGCGGCCCCGGCUGCUCCUCGAUGCUCGGCAACUUCUUCGAGCUCGGACCCUUCCUCGCCCCUCCCUCCCCCAACCCCUUCUCCUGGAACCGCCUCUUCGGCCUCCUAAUCAUCGACAACCCCAUCGCCACCGGCUUCGCGUCGCCUCCUCCCCUCCGACAUCCCCCGCAACCAAUCACCGUCGCCAAUCACCUCAUAUUUGCUCUGAACAACUUCCUCUCUUCCGACCCCUCGAUUCGAUCCCGCCCGUUCUACGUCACCGGCGAGAGUUAUGCGGGCAAGUAUGUGCCUGCUUUAGGCUAUUACAUCCUGAAACGCAACGAGUUGCUUGCUGCGAAGAAAAGGAUAAAUUUACAGGGCGUUGCUAUCGGCAACGGGCUCACUCAUCCGGCGGCCCAGGUCGCCACGCAUGCUGACUCUGCGUAUUUUUCAGGUUUGAUCAGCGAGCGACAAAAGAAAGACGUGGAAGAACUGCAGGACGAGGCUAUUCGCCUCGUCAAUGAGAGAAAUUGGUCAGCUGCCACAGAUGCAAGAAACAAAGUACUCCGUAAGCUCGAGAACAUAACGGGGCUCGCCACGUUAUACGAUCUGAGAAGGAAGAAACCUUACCAGACCGAAAUUGUAGCAACGCUGAUGAACCAGAGGGAGAUUCAGGAGGCGCUCGGGGCGAAGGAAGGGUUGAGAUGGGAGGAAUGCAGCGAGACGGUAAGCGAAGCGCUGCACGAAGACGUGAUGAAGAGCGCCAAGUUCAUGGUGGAAGAGAUAGUGAAGAGGAGUAGGGUUUUGCUGUACCAGGGUGUGUUUGAUUUGAGAGACGGGGUGGUGUCGACGGAGGCAUGGAUGAAGGAGAUGGAGUGGGAGGGGUUGGAGGGCUUUCUUGAAGAGGAGAGGAGUGUUUGGAGGGUGGACGGGGAGGUUGCCGGGCACGUCCAGGGGUGGAGGGGGUUGACGCACGUGGUGGUCGGCGGGGGGGGGGCGGACCAGGGGAGGAGUUCACAGGCCAUGAUUGAGGGUUGGGUGCUGCAGAAGGGGUUGUUUGGUGGUGGUUCUGAUGCAGCAGCGAAAACAUUUAGAAGAUCUUGUAUGUGAUAGCGGUGAAAUGUUUGUGGUUCUCAGUCAUCGUUGCGUCAGUGAUGUGAAAAAAAUUUAGUGUAAGAUGAAUAAGAUCUGUUUACUUGACUCGCAAA